AUGCAUCCCCUCACUUGGAUUGGCGCCCUGUCCUUCUUGCUGUGCAUAUCGUCUGUCUGGGCAGAGCAGUACAGGUAUAGUGGGCAGAUCUCAGCAGGCAAUGAACCGGGUCUAUGUCGCUAUGGCAGGAGAGUGGACUGUUGUUAUGGCUGGAAGAUGAACAGCAAAGGCCAGUGUGAAGCUCAAUGUGAACAUGGCUGCAAGCAUGGUGAAUGUGUGGGGCCCAACAAAUGCAAAUGCUCCCCUGGAUACACUGGGAAAACUUGCAGUCAAGACCUAAACGAGUGUGGCCUGAAGCCCCGACCCUGUGAACACCGCUGCAUGAACACCCACGGUAGCUACAAGUGCUACUGCCUCAAUGGGUACAUGCUAAUGCCUGAUGGCUCCUGUGCCAACUCCAGGACGUGUGCGCUGGCUCAUUGCCAGUAUGGCUGUGAGGAGGUACAGGGAGAGACCCAGUGCCUCUGCCCCUCAGCUGGGCUGCAACUGGGUCCAGAUCAGCGAACUUGCGUAGAUAUUGACGAAUGUGAAUCCAGAAGGGAUCUCUGCCCCUACAACAAGAGAUGUGUCAACACGUUUGGCAGCUAUUUCUGCAAGUGCCAGCUUGGUUUCGAACUGAAAUAUGUCAACGGCAAAUACGACUGUGCCGACGUUGACGAAUGCACGGGCAGCAGCCACAAGUGCAGCAAGAACGCCAUGUGCCUCAAUACCCAGGGAUCCUACAAGUGCAAGUGCAAGCCGGGCUUCCGCGGCAGUGGCGUCGACUGCACCGUCAAGCCAAUUUAUCAGAGUACAUGGGAAGGGGACAAAGGCAGCGCUGAUGAGUUCCUUAACGCUAUUCCAGAUGCUGGUGCAAGGCUGCCUCAGAGUCAUCUGGACAUCGAGCAGAUUGGCAAUGUAAUCCCAGAGUCACAUGUGACCAUGCCCACAAAGGUUCGACUGCAGCCAUUUGACUACGAUGGAGGCAUCUACGUUGGAAAUCCCAAGGAGACUGAGGCACAGGACAAUCUGCCUGUUGAGGAAGAAGAAGAAGAAGAUGAAGAGGAAGAUGAGGAAGAAGGAGGUCCCAGAGGAGAUGUCUUCUUCCCACAGUCUGUUUUUGGUACACAAACAGAGGUAAAGGAGAUUCCUGUCCUUCCUGGACAAGAAGAAUUCAUUGUGGACUGUGGCUUCGACCAAGGAUCAUGUGAGUGGAUACAGGACAAGGGUGACGACUUCGACUGGACUGUGAUCUACCAUGAGAAAGGGCCAGGGUACUACUUGGCUGCCAACGACUUCCUGGGGAACAGAAAUGGUCUAGCUCGGCUGAAGCUGCUUCUGGGUGAGCAGGCCCAGCGGGGCACUUUCUGCCUGACCUUCACUUACCGGGUGAUGGGUGAGCAGACGGGCAUCCUGCGGGUGCUGCUGGACAAGUCGAGCUACCCUAUGUGGGAGCAGGGCCACAGUGGUCAGGACUGGCAGACGGAGGUCCUCACCGUGCCCUGGGAGAAGGAGGCGCCCCAGCUGAUUAUCUUCGAGGCGGAGCGCAGUAAAGGAGUGAGAGGAGAAAUUGGGCUGGAUAACGUGGUGCUCACCUCAGGGUCCUGCCAGGAUCAUGACUCUGUGAUCUUUUAA